AAAUGCAGAGUGUGGAUAUUGGGAAUGAGGAGGGGCAUGCUCAGCUACACUACAUCAGAUCAUUGGGGUUUUCCAGUUUUAUGCAAAAGAGGGCAGAAGGCUCCCGAAGUUGCCAGUAGAUAUGUACUCUCAAAGAGGAAAAGGAUGAGAAUAACCAAACAGUUUCUUCCUGACUCCUGCUGUGUUCCAAGCGCCUCUUGAGACCUAUCCCUUCCUUGUCCUUGUUUUUGGAUGCUUGGUUGUGAAUGAGUUACCCUACCUGCUGAGUCAGCUUCUAUUGAAUCAAAAAAGUCAGAGCCACUGAGAGCCAACUGAUGCUUAAACAUUUAUGAAAGUACUUUCAGUCUUCUUCAUUGUUUUUCUUGUGGGUUGAUUGAUCUGGACAUUUGAACAUACCUUGGAGUAUAAAAUCCAAACUCCUUCAUUUAUACACAUAGCUCUUCAGAAUCCAGCUCUUGCCUGUUGCCUCCACCACUUCCUGUGCUCCACCCUCGCUGAGUUAAGUGUGAUUCCCAAAAUGACUCACAUGGUUGCAUAUUGCUGUGCCCUUGCACAGACUUUUGUUUCCCUUCCCUAGGUAUCCCCUUCUGUCUUAUAUUAUCAGACUUCUUUUCAACUUCAGCACCCAUCUGAAGCAUCAGGUGAUGCCUGGAAAGUUUCUAGGGCAAUUUGUUCAUUUAGAGGGUACAUUUAAAUUACACAGCUUACUGAAUGACCAAAGCAUCAAAGCGGGACAGCUCCACAGUGUCACCCUUACUGGGACUCCUAUUGCUUCUAAACGAUGGGUGCAUUUGAAAAGAAUGGGUGCAUUUGCCAAAUAAUACAUUCGGUCCUCUAUAUUGAGUGGUUGGAGUGAGGCUGUGGCAUGUAAUCUCUCAAGCAUCACUUCCCCUGCAAGGCCUCUCCUGUUCUUACUCCCCACAACUGGCCUCAAGCCCUUUCUCUGAGCUACCACAUCAUCCAUGUCAUUAGCAGUCAGCAGGCACCAUUCAUUCACUUUUCCAUUAAUACAAGCAUCCAUUUAACAAAUGUGUGUUGAGUGCUAAAAUAGGCCCCAGUUUAAGGCAUUUAGCUGGGAAUGCAAAUACAAACAACUGAAAAAGUAACCAAUGGUAACAAUCAUGUUAUACUGAUGCAAUAUUAAAGCUUUAGAUAUUGACAAAGAUCCUGGUAGUGUACAACAUAAUCCAAGGAAGGAGAAAUAUUUUAUUAGAGGCCUAGCCACUCUCGAACUCAAUAUAUAAUAGUAAAGGUUGUUGUAAAUUCAAAGCAAAAAAAAUAAAAAAAGUCUCAUACCUUUCUCAAAUGUACCAUCAUUUAAAAACCAUAGGAGUGGUGGUAAUUGUGACGCCUUGGAGCUGUCUUCCUUUGAUGUCUCAGUCACUCAGUAAGCCAUGUAAUUUAAAUUGAUCCUCUGAAUGAGCAAGUUGCCCUGAAAAUUUUCCAAGUACAUGUUACAAUGAUAAUGAGAGAGAAGAAGGAAGGAAAGGCAGGGGCAUCAGGAGGAUAGAAGAGGAGGUUUCGAAUCAAGCACAAAGAGGGCUCAAAAUUACAUGGAUAUUGGGGCUGGUCAAUCGAUUAGCCAGGGGACUAAUGACUGUGUGUAUGCUGCUCUGCAGUCUGCCAUCGUUUGGGGCAUCUUAAACACAGAAGGGAAGGAACACCCAAUUUCACUUCAGGCACCCAGCCACAGGAACGUUCCCAAGGUCAAGCCCUUGCAUUAACAGUGCUCAGCAUGGCGGGGAUUCCAGGGCUCCUCUUCCUUCUCUUCCUCCUUCUGCUCUGUGCUGUUGGGCAAGUGAGCCCUUACAGUGCCCCCUGGAAACCCACUUGGCCUGCGUACCGCCUCCCUGUCGUCUUGCCCCAGUCUACCCUCAAUUUAGCCAAGCCAGACUUUGGAGCGGAAGCCAAAUUGGAAGUAUCCUCUUCAUGUGGACCCCAAUGUCAUAAGGGAACUCCACUUCCCACUUAUGAAGAAGCCAAGCAGUAUCUGUCUUACGAAACGCUCUACGCCAAUGGCAGCCGCACAGAGACGCAGGUGGGCAUCUACAUCCUCAGCAGUAGUGGAGGUGGGGCCCAACACCGAGACUCAGGGUCUUCAGGAAAGUCUCGGAGGAAGCGGCAGAUUUACGGCUAUGACAGCAGGUUCAGCAUUUUUGGGAAGGAUUUCCUGCUGAACUACCCUUUCUCAACCUCAGUGAAGUUAUCCACGGGCUGCACUGGCACCCUUGUGGCGGAGAAGCAUGUCCUCACAGCUGCCCACUGCAUACAUGAUGGAAAAACCUAUGUGAAAGGAACCCAGAAGCUUCGAGUGGGCUUCCUGAAGCCCAAGUUUAAAGACGGUGGUCGAGGGGCCAACGACUCCACUUCAGCCGUGCCUGAGAAGAUGAAAUUUCAGUGGAUCCGGGUGAAACGCACCCAUGUGCCCAAGGGCUGGAUCAAGGGCAAUGCCAAUGACAUUGGCAUGGAUUAUGACUAUGCCCUCCUGGAACUCAAAAAGCCCCACAAGAGAAAAUUUAUGAAGAUUGGGGUGAGCCCUCCAGCUAAGCAGCUACCAGGGGGCAGAAUCCACUUCUCUGGUUAUGACAAUGACCGACCAGGCAAUUUGGUGUAUCGCUUCUGUGAUGUCAAAGACGAGACCUAUGACCUGCUCUACCAGCAAUGUGAUGCCCAGCCAGGGGCCAGCGGGUCAGGGGUCUAUGUGAGGAUGUGGAAGAGACAGCAGCAGAAAUGGGAGCGAAAAAUUAUCGGCAUCUUUUCAGGGCACCAGUGGGUGGACAUGAAUGGCUCCCCACAGGAUUUCAAUGUAGCUGUCAGAAUCACCCCUCUCAAAUAUGCCCAGAUUUGCUAUUGGAUUAAAGGAAACUACUUGGAUUGCAGGGAGGGGUGACACAGCAUUCCUUCCUGGAAGCACUUAAGGGUCUUCAUGUACCUAUUUUAGGAGAUGCUAAAUUGUUUUUUGUGAUUGGCGUGCACGUGUGUGUGUGUGUGUGUGUGUGUGUGUGUGUGUAAUGUGUCAUAUAAUCCACCUAAUUUCUUAAGAUUGCAAGAUGACUGACUUUAUCAUUUGAAAACCGGUUUGUGUAUCAUAUCAUAUCAUUUAAGCAGUUUGAAGACCUACUUUUGCAUAGAUUUAAAAAAAUACUGAUGUUUGGGGCAAUGGAGAAUAUUUGACAAUUAAGUUAAUCCUUCACAUUUUUGAAAACUUUGAUUUUGAUUUCAUCUGAACUUGUUUCAAAGGUUUAUAUUAAAUAUUUGGCAUACAAGAGAUAUGAAUUCUUAUAUGUGUGUAUGUGCGUUUUCUUCUGAGAUUCGUCUUGGUGGCAGUGUUUUGUUUUGUUUUGUUUUUUUUCAGUGCCUGAUCAUUAAUGCUUCCAUAUGGUAGCGUUUCCAUUUAGAAACAUUGACAACAUUUCUUAGGCAGAUAGAAUAUUUUGGAUUUGGGGGCAUUUGCACAGUAGUCUUUGAACAGUAAAACAAUGUGUUGACUAUAUUGAUACACAUAUUAAACUACACCUUAUAGCAAACCAGUAUCCCAAGCUACUUUUAGUUCUGAAAACAGUUUCUCUUCCAAAGGCUGUUGCUCUACUUUGUAGAAAGUCUUUGCAUAUGGCCCUCCCAACUUUAACGUCAUACCAGAGUGAUCAGGAGUGUUUAUCCCAAUCCUUCCAUUUAACAGGAUUUUACUCACAUUUCUGGAACUAGCUAUUUUUCAGAAGACAAUAAUCAGGGCUUAAUUAGAACAGGCUCUGUUUCCUCCCAGCAAACAGUUGUGGUCACACUAAAAACAAUCAUAGCAUUUUACCCCCAGAUUAUAGCACAUCUCAUGUUUUAUCAUUUGGAUGGAGUAAUUUAAAAUGAAUUAAAUUCCAGAGAACAAUGGAAGCAUUGCUCGGCAGAUGUCACAACAGAAUAACCACUUGUUUGGAGCUUGGCACGGUCCUCCAGCCUGAUAAAAAAAUUAUUCUGCAUAGUUUUCAGUGUGCUUUCUGGGAGCUAUGUACUUCUUGAAUUUGGAAACUUUUCUCUCUCAGAGUAAAAAUAAUUGGAAGUUACUUUAAGAAAAGCAGUGUGGCCUUUUUCCCACUAGCUUUAAAAGGGCCGCUUUUUCUGGAAUGUUCUAGGUUAUAGAUAAAUAAUUAGGUAUAAUAGUAAAAAUGAAAAUUGGGAGAUUGCAAAAUGGAUCGGCAUCAUGCCUUCCAAUAAAGGCCUUUACAAAUGUUUUUAUCAAUAUGAUUAUCAAAUCACAGCAUAUAAAGAAAAGACUUGGACUUAUUAUAUGUUUUUAUUGUAUGACUCUCAGCCUAAGCGCUUCUUUCUAAAUGUAUCAGGGAGAAAAAAGCAAAUAGACUACAAGGCACAUGUUUUCUGUGCUUGCAGGCCAGGUAAAACUGCAUUGUAGCAAUUUGUGAGGAUAUUCAGACAGAGCACUCUUGCUUAGACAUUCUCUGGGGGGCCUUUUUGCUUGUCUUUCUUGAGCUUUUUGAAAGGAUAAUUCUGAUAAGGCACUCAAGAAAUGUACAACCACAGUGCUUGCUUCAAAUCAUGUAAGAAAUACAAUGCACAUGAGUUCCAGCACAAUUUACUUUGGAAUCUAACAGGAAUCUAGCCCGAGGAAGAAGAGAGGUCUCCAUUUCUAUGUCUGGUAUUUGGGGGUUUUGUUUGUUUUUGCUUUAGCUUGGUGAAAAAAAGUUCACUAAACACCAAGACCAGAAUGAAUUUUUUUUUUUAGAUAGAUGCUACUUUUAUGAAGCACCUUGAUUCCUUGAUUUUUUGCAAAGUUAGACAAUGGUACAAAGUCAAAAUGAAAUCAAAGUUUAGUUCACAAGUAGAUGUAGUUUACUAAAGAAUAAUACAGCCCAUAUGCUAUAUACAGCUUAACUCAUAGAACCAUAAAAUAAAGUUGUAAAAUAAUUCAACAUGUCCAUCCUUUUAGUGAUAAUAAAAGCAUGAUAUUAAACUAUCAUAGUUGACAGAAAAAGAAAAAAAUGGCUCAUGGUAUUAUUAAUAUAAUUAGUACUUUACAUGUAUUAAUUACACACAUUAGAAGCGUAUUUGCCUAGUAAGGCUAGUAGAACCACGUUUCCCAAAGCGUGUUCCUUAAACACUCGUGCCUUAUGAUUUUCUACCAAAAGUAAAAAGGGUCAUAUCACCAAGUCAGAGGAAGAUGCCUCUCCAUUUUCCCUCUCUUUAUCAGAGGUUUGCAUGCCUCUCUGUACAUUAAAAGCUCUGGGAAGAUCUGUUGUGAAGAGACAAGUUGAGGUUAUAAAAUCUGCAUGUAAAUAAACAUCUUUGAUCACAAAA